GGCGGGCCUUGUGACGUCACGCGCGGCUGGACCGUGGACUGCUCACAGCGGACAAGUUAGCAAGAAAUUACCGACAGUUUACCGCAAACAGCGUCAUUUGUUGAGAUCGGUCACAAAUGACUCUCACGCAGGUUUCCUCGAACAAAUGUGCCGGCGGCUACCAGAAGGUUUUCGAGCACGACAGCGCGGAGCUGAAGUGUAAGAUGAAGUUGCAGUUUAUUCUGCCUCCUAAAGCAGAGAAAAAUUGUCCCGUCAUGUACUGGCUGUCUGGUCUGACGUGCACCGAGCAGAACUUCAUCACCAAAGCGGGCAGUCAGCUCGCCGCAGCCGAACACGGCAUCAUCAUCGUCGCCCCGGACACCAGCCCACGAGGCUGUAACAUCGAGGGCGAGGACGAGAACUGGGACUUCGGCACUGGAGCUGGUUUUUAUGUCGAUGCCACUCAGGAUCCAUGGAAGACCAACUACCGCAUGUACUCGUACGUGACUGAAGAGCUCCCAAAGGUCAUCAACGCCAACUUCCCCGCCGACCCCGACAGGAUGUCCGUAUGUGGUCACUCCAUGGGCGGCCACGGUGCGCUCAUCUUUGCCCUGAAGAAUCCUGGGAAAUAUAAGGCCGUGUCAGCAUUCGCACCCAUCUGCAACCCAAUCCAGUGCCCGUGGGGUCAGAAGGCCUUUAAUGGAUACCUGGGCUCAGACAGGUCUACAUGGGAGGCAUAUGACGCCACAGUGUUGGCGGCGGCAUAUUCUGGCCCGCAGCUCGACAUCCUGAUCGAUCAGGGCCGUGAUGACCAGUUCCUGUCCGCCAGCCAGCUGCUGCCCGACAACCUGAUUGCCGUCUGCUCGGAAAAGAAAAUCCCCGUCGUCUUCAGACUACAGCCGGGCUACGACCACAGCUACUUCUUCAUCUACUCCUUCAUGAACGACCACGUUAAACACCACGCCAAGUACCUGAACGCCUGAACCGCCAUCAGAACGCUGCUGGAGGACACCGCGGCUUUGAGACCCGUCACUGCUGUUUCCCCUCAGAUCAAAUUAAAGUAUGAAAUUAACAAACAUGAUGAGAAAUGUCAGACAUCAGUGCCUUUAAUCCAUCAGCUUGUUUUUAAUCACAUUUAAGCAAAAUGCAUCACAAAAAA